CACUAAUCUGACCACGGCCAUGGGACAUAGCUGUAUGCCUGCUCUUUCCAGAUAUCUCCGCACCAACAUGGUAACUGAAGCAACCCAUCAAAUGGAAAAGAGUUGCCAUGAUUGGGGCGGAAUAGUACUUGUAUGCUUAGCGGGGUAUAUGCUCUGUGCCUUCUCUUUAGAGUUAGAUUAUUGGGCCACAACUACGGGUGGAGGGUGGCAUUGCUUUAUCAUUCCAUCCCGUAAACAUUGACGCCUGUCGCCUAAAAUAAUUCUGCAUCUUUGUUAUAUAGAGUCGCUCUACACGAAUCAUCGAAGGAAAGAUGAAGCUCAGCAGUCGAGGCAUCUGGGUUGCGAUGAGGUCCUACACCGUAUUGAAGCUUAUCGUCGCGCCCGCGCUUGCAGGCAGACAGUUCAUGUCGGAGCAGAAGGUGAUGCAAGCGGCAGCAGAAGAUGACAAAACACUCGCCCAGCCCAUUUUCGGCGCCUUGCCGCUGGGUUCCAUCUCGCCCCUCGGAUGGAUGAGAGACCAGCUGGAACUUGAAGCGGCGGGCCUGGCGGGCAACAUGUUUGAUUUCUACCGGUUCGUGCACGAUGCAAGAUGGAUCGGCGGUGCAACCGAGUAUUCAGGUCUCGAUGAGGCGUCGCCGUACUGGUUCAAUGGCAUCGUUCCUUUGGCUUUUGGCUUGAAUGACUCGCGCAUCAUUGGCCAGGUCAAGCAUUACUUGGACUACGUGAUUGACCAUCAGGCGAGUGACGGGUGGCUGGGGUUUGAGGAAACACACCAGACUCGUGGCAUCUGGGCUCGUUGCCUCCUUCUCCUGGGAAUGAUGCAAUAUGCAGAGGCAGAUUCUACGCAAACCGAGAGAAUUGUGGACUCGAUGCACCGUUUCGUGGUACUGGCACAUAGCAUGCUACAGGACAAUUACACGGGUCUGAUCGUGCACGGAGACGACACUUUCGACAUCGCUGGGUUCGGCAUGGGAAGGACGCACGAGCUGCACAUUCCCCUGCAGUGGCUCUACGAAAAGUAUCCUAGGAACAACUCGCAGAUUCUAUGGGAGACCAUGGAGCUCAUGAUUGACGGGGGUGAGGUUUGGGGUGCAGACUGGAGGAAGUUCUGGGUCGAGGAUGUCUACCCUAAGAGCGAGGAUGAUGUGAACUCGUUUGACGGCAGCUGGGUAUUCUUGCACGGGGUGAAUCAUGCUGAAGGCUUGAGAUACCCCUUAUCCAUCUACCGAAUGACACACGACGAGGCACUUAAGAGACAGACCAGGACGGCUGUAGACCUAGUGGAUACGUAUCACAAGUCUCUGGCGGGUUCCAUCAUUGGUGACGAGUACAUAUCCGAUAAGCAACCUCAAAGGGGGGCUGAGCUGUGUAUCGCCCCCGAGGUCAUGUUCUCCCUGGCAUACAUCUAUCAGUACCUGGGUGACAACGACAUCGCCGAUUGGGUGGAGCAGACUACGUUCAACGCCUUCCCAGCAUCUGUUUCCUCGGACUGGUGGUCGCACCAGUACGUUCAACAGGAAAACCAGCCAUGGGCGCGUAAUUUGACAAAGGGCAGCUCCGGGCUGUGGGUCGAUGUCAACUCGUAUUCCAACGUCUUUGGCCUGGAGCCGAAUUACCCCUGUUGCACCGUCAACCACCCGCAAGCAUACCCUAAAUACCUUGCCAACUCCUUUGUGACCACCGAAGAUGGCGGCAUUGCCCAUGUUCUUCUGGGUCCUGCAAGCCUCAGCGCCACACUGGGUGGCGAUAAUGCGGUUUUAAUUUCCACCGACACAAAGUACCCCUUCGACCUGAGCCUGACUUACACCAUCACCGCGACCUCCGCUUUUGACUUUUAUGUCCGAACCCCCACCUGGGCCAAUACCAACACAAGCACAAUCACAGGCCCUGGCAAAUCGCCCCAACAAGCCAUAACCCUCGCAAGCAACGGCCUGCAGAAAGUCUCCAUCCCGGCCAAUGAGGAGACAAAAUUCAUCAUCAAUCUCGACACCCAACCGCGUGUUGAGCUCCUCCCCAACAACGCCGCAGCUAUCUACCACGGUGCCCUGCUCUACAGCUUCGCUAUUGAGUUCAACACGACUGAACAUGCCCCAUUAAGAUACUAUGACGAGGCUCUUCUAGAUAGCUCCACUACGGACGGACACACCCAUGACCACGCCAUCGUGCCCACCUCUCCGUGGGCCAUUGCCAUUGACCCAUCCCAAAUUGCCGUAGUUCCCUCUGAUUCCACCAACGGCGAUGCACUGCCCAACCCGAUUUGGGCACUAGGCGCUCCUCCCGUUGAGCUUCGCGUUGCCGCCGUAGAGAUCGAUUGGCCGCUCGAGCAUGACACGCCUGCAGUCCCGCCCACUAAUCCGGUGGUAACGGGAACUCCCUUUAGCGCGCGAUUUGUGCCGUACGGGAGUGCUAAGUUGCAUAUGGCCCACUUACCGGUUCUUUCCUUGGACACGGUGGACCUGCUGGGGUAAAGGAGAGGAGGAGAAAUGGGUGGUCGUCUAGCCAGAUAUUCUAAGAAGGUGAUAUAGCAAAGGAUAGUCCACGCGGCGAGGAAAUUGGCUUGACGUGACGUGUGUGGCAGGUCAUUCUUCCGAGUUGCUGCGGGACUAAGGGGUAGGAGAAAAAGCCUCGGAUAUUUGCUUAGGCUGCCGGGAGCUUUCUUGGCAUACAGAUUUAUUGCUGCAAGCCACGGGAUUGAGCCUAUUGGCUGUAGCCUCUGUUUUCCGGUAGCAAAAUGCGUGUUAUACCAUCUGUGCUCAGUUGUCAUCGAGGUCCAUUAGUAUUUUCAGCGUAUCACGGCUAGUAUCAGAAUCUCUC